ACAUACUUAAUCAUGAAAUUGUAAAUUCUAUUAAGCCGCUCUCUGUUUGGCAUGCCAUUUCCAAAUUAAUUUGUGAUAUUAGGAUUUUGUAUUGUCUAAACAUAAUUUACUAAUAUGACAGAAAUAAAUAUUAAUGGAAGUUUAUAUCAGAAUCCAGAAUGUUUACCUUUGGAAGAUCUUAAAUUUCAAGUGAAUGCAAAUGGCGUGAAAAGAGAUGUUAAGGCUUUUAGCGACUUUUGGGUGGAAAACCGUUGCCAUUCUCGAUAUCCUGGACCUCCUAAAACAGGAAGUGCAGAAGAUGAACAGUGGCUGAAUAGUAUGCUAUGGUUUAACAAAGAACUAGAAUGGAUGCUAAAUUUGGAACACUUUAGGUUUUGGUCGAACAUAGUUUAUGAUACAGGAUGCAUGGAAUCCUUGAUAUCGUUUUUACAAGAAGCUUCUCCAUUUUACCUUCCGUUUAAACAUGAAAGUAAACAAGUUACAGAAGCAUAUGUUACUGCAUAUAAAAGAGUUUUGCAAAUAUUUUGUCGUAUCAUCACAAAUAAGGAAAAUGAGGGUUCCUGGAUAGGAAAAUUAUUUUUAGCAAAUUUAUUAUAUGACUAUAGUUUAAUAACUAUUCCAAUAUUGUGGGAUCUGAUUGCACUUUAUGGAGUAAAUAAUGUGACAAUCUUGACUAGAUUUAUGGAAACUGUAUUUAAGUUGCAACCAAAGUAUAAAGAUGAUCUCAAAGUCGCAUAUUUAUUUCUCAAAGAGAAGGUAUUUACUACAAUUGAAAACCAAUCAAGUGCUUUUACUACGACAUCAAAUUAUGUAGGAGAGCAAAUAAAUUUAUAUCCUACUUCUGCUGAGACAGCAUUAGUUGAUUUGGCUUGGCACCUUUUAGAUUGUGCUGCCACUAUGAGACAUUUCUUUGAAGUUUAUCCGGCUUCCAAAUUAAUUUGUCGGGAUUUGAAAAUAUAUUCAAGCAUAGCAGUGCUGUAUGAUAAUAGUAUACCAAUAUUAUUCAACAAGCUGAUUGACAAAAAUAAUUCUGAUAUUGUUGACAAAGCAAGGGUUGAACUACUUGAAUGUUAUAGAUUAAUACUAAAUACCUGUACUGAGGAAGCAUUGGCGAAUCCAGCAAAAGCCUUAUCUCCAGCUGAUAUGUUUUUAGAAAUUAUUAGUGAAACACUUCAUGUGUUACAUAAUCAAAAAACAUUUGUUAGAGACUUGUUAGAGAAGCAGCCACUUCAGAAUGAUAUGGAACUUUUGAGACAAGUUUGCUGCAACUUAGAUCCAGUUAAAUGUGAUUUUAUUCUGCAGUCUCUAAUGUCAUCAGUUGAUGAUUCUGAUCCCAAGAAAGUAAUUUUUCAAGAUUUAUGUUCAUAUAAUCAAUCUCCAUCAAAAGAUUUUAAUGACUAUAUAAGUGACGAUGAAGGUGCAUGUGGAGGAGCUGUGAAUAAUGAUAAUGAUACUAACAAUGCAAUAGCUGAAGUGUCUGAUGUUUUUCCUAAUCUAGGAAGUGGAUAUAUUAAAAGAUUAAUUGACUAUUUUGGUACUUCUGAAAAUGUUAUCAGUGCAUUACUCGAAGAUAAUAUUCCUAAAGAACUUUGUUCAUUAGACACUUCGGAACCCUACAUUCCACCAGAUCCUUUAGAAGAAUUACAUGAUAAAUUAGGAAAUGCUCACUUAAAUGUGUUUGAUGGUGAUGAAUUUGAUAUGCGAGUUCGAGAUGUUCCAAAAGAACAUUGGCAAAGUAAACAUAAGAGGGGACCUAAAAAUUUGAAUGAGUUAUUGAAUGACAAAAGCCAUAUCAAUGAGAUCAAGUCCAAGUAUCAGGAAUAUAAUCUUGUGUAUGACAACGUUUAUGAUGAUGAAUAUGAUGACUCCUUUGAAGGUUCUUCUAAACCAAUUGCUGAAGACGAUGAUUCCGAAAGCAAUUCUAGAAGACCAACAGAACUACCUAGAGUAUUGCGGAAGCAAGUACAUAAUGAUAGUGAGUCAGAGGAAGAUGAAGAAGAAGAUGAAAAUAGUUCUUCUACUCCAGCCACUAAAUUUCAACCUUUCUGUGAAAAUCCAGAAAUUAUUCGUGCUCGUAGAGAAGCACAACGGAAUAAUAAACACCCAAAUCGAGAUGUGGUGGGAAAACCUAAAGGGCAUGGACAAGAGAAAGAUGUAACUAUUAAUCGCGAUAAGAAAAAUACUAAUAAAUCGACAAGAGCCAAUCACAACAGGAGGCAAGGAGCUGCAUGGAAGAAAAGCCGUGGCAUGAUGCCAUUUUAAUGUAAUAUUUUUUUUGUUCUUCUUGACUGAAAUUUAUCUUUUUUUACAUAUUUUAUUAUCUGCGAUAUUCACAUUGAACAAGCAAUAUGGCUGUUAACAAUGAUUUAUUUCAGUACUAAUUUAACAUUAGAUCAUUAU